AUGUUUACCCGCCUCUCUACUGUUUUCGUUGUUCUCCUCGGCUUGAUGGCCCUUGUCAGCACUGGAGUGCCAGUCCCUGACAAGCGUGACACUUCCACGAGGGUGGUCCGAGCCAAUUAUGUAGCACUUGCGCGCGAAGAGUCUCCAGAACCAAACCCAGGCACGCCAGUAGUAGUUGGGCGUGAACUUGAAGAGUCUCUGGAACCAGACCCAUGUACGAGUGGCAAAGUAGCCGUCCUACUCUUAGGCAACUACUAUGCAGAAUCAGACCUUUCUUUGGAAACAUAA